CUGAGCUUUGUGAAGAGUGGGAGAGAGAAGAAAAGCAAAGAAUGCAUCCAAGAAUAAUGGUUUAUGCUUUACAAAAAAUUGGAUUUAAGUCUUAUAUAGCUCUUCCUGUUCCUCUUCAUAUUGAUAGACAUAUUAUUGAAAGAUAUAAUUGGUGCAAAGAAUGCAAAGAUUGGUCACUUAAAAGAAAUACAAUUCCAAAGAGUGGAUAUUUUUUGCAUGAUGGAGCUUCUGUAUAUACUGCUAAAAAUGUAAAUAGAUUUCUUGCUAGAAAAAAUAUCAGAGUACUUCUUUUGCCUCCUAAAAGCCCAGAUCUUAAUCCAAUAGAAAAUUUGUAG